UUUCUCAUUAAAUUGAUUCAAUGUAAAAAAAAAGACUAACUCGAGAUAUAAAGUUUCGAAUAAAAAUUAAUUUUAUUUUCUAUUUUUAUUUUAGAAAUAUGAAAAUUUUUUAAAUUAUUAAAAAUGCAGUAAAUGAAUCAAUGUAGUUUCUAUGGCAACCGUAUUGUUACUAGUUUCUAUUUUCUAAAACUAGACGUCGUGUCUAUAUAAAAAAAAGGAAUCAAUAUAAAAUAUUUUCUUUUUAAAUAAUAAAAUAUAAAAAAAAAAUCGAUAGGAAAUUUAAAAAAUGGACAAUGAAGAUGAUUUAGAAAAUUUUUCCAAAAAUUUGGAAAUUAAUGAAAGAGAUAUUCAAGAAGAAUUUAUUGAAAAUUCUAAUUUCCUAUCGAAAAAUGUUCAAUACAAUUCUAAUGAUUAUAUUUCAUGUGCUAAACGUACGGAUAAUGGAACUGUACCAAUGAAUAUUUUAGAGCUUCAUCAUUCAUUUGGUUAUAAUUGUCAAAGAUAUUUUAAUAUAUGUGUAGCGGAUUCGAAUACAAUAAUAUUUGCCUCGGGAAAUUUAAUUCAUUUUUUUAAUGUAGCGGAAAGGAAAAUUUCAUUUAGACGCGGAUUCACAGGUGGUGGAAUUGGACAUAUUACAAAAAAUCCAAUUUUCAAUCACAUUGCCAUUGGUGAAAAUGGAAACGAUCCUCCAAUUAUUAUUUAUGAAUGGCCAAGUUUAGAAAUAGUGACAAUUCUUUGGCAUGGAACAACUAGAUCAUUUUCUCAUUUGGCAUUCAGUCCAGAUGGUAAAUUAUUAGCAUCACAAGGAGGUGAACCAGAUUAUUUAUUAACAAUAUGGAAUUGGCAACAAUCAAAAAUUACAUUACGUUUCAAAUCUCAUGGUCAAGAUAUAAUUAAUGUAAUGUUCUCACCAUUUGUUUUUGGACAUUUAACAACAUGUGGCUUGGGACAUAUUAAAUUUUGGAAAAUGUCGAAAACAUUCACGGGUCUUAAAUUGAAAGGUGAACUUGGUAGAUUUGGAAAGACGGAAAUUUCCGAUAUAAUUGGAGUUUAUCCCAUGCCUGAUGAAAAGGUCGUAUCUGGCUGCGAAUGGGGAAAUAUUUUAAUAUGGGACGAAGGAUUAAUUAAAUUUGAAGUUUGUAGAAAAAAUAGAAAACCAUGUCAUAGCAGUGUAAUAACACAAUUUGAAUAUAAUAACGGAGAAUUAAUAUCAAUAGGAAUGGAUGGAUGGAUACGUAUGUGGUAUUAUGAUACAAUUGAUCAAGCUGAUCCGCCUGAUGAAGAUCGUUUUCUAGAGAUUGAACCUGUUUAUGAAUUUUGCAUUAGUGAAAAAGAAAAAAAUUCUAAACUCAUGUGUAUUCAAAAACAAGAUCCUAACAAUUCAGAAUCAACUUUUUGGUAUGCUCAGGAUGCAAAUGGUGGAUUGUGGAUAAUAGAUCUUUGCACAUUUCAAACACCCGAAUUGCCAAGAAAAAUUUUUAAUUGUCACGCUGGACCAAUAAGUGACAUAACUUCUUCAGAUUGGGGACCAUUUAUUGCAAGCAUUGGAAAUGAUAAAUUAUUAAUUUAUAAUUACGAAAAGAGGAAAUUAAUUUUAAAUUACAAAUUCAAUGAUAUUGGAAGUCAAAUUAUUUGGUUACCAUGUGCAAUCGAAGGUACAGGUUCGACACUUAUUUGUGCUUUUGAAAGUGGUGUUAUUAGAAUUAUUAUUCUAAAAAUAUUCGAGAUCAUUGACAAUGAAGAACAAUUUGUGAAACUUCUUCAAGUAUUGAAACCACAUAAUAAAAAAAUUACUACAAUGUCAUUGAGUCUUAAUAAUAAACUUUUGAUAACAGGAAGUGAGGAUUUUACAAUUUUUAUUUUUUCAAUUAACAAACUAAACAAUUAUCCUUCAUUAAUACCAAUUGGUUUUAUUAAAACACCAUCGAGUGUUACUUGCAUAACUUGGAAAUCUGAAUCUAUGACAACAAUUCUUGUUGGUUGUUUAAAUGGCAAUUUUAUGGAAAUUGAAUUACCAAUUGAAACGAAAUCGAAUGAAAUUUCCACAUACGAAUUAGUUGAUUGCAAAAUGAAAAUUUUUCAAUUUCAAUCAGUGAAAUCCGAGAUAAGAAGAGAAUUGGUGAAAAUUAAAAAUGAAGAACGAAGAAAAUUAAAAAUUUCCAAGUUGGAAAAAUUAAAAUUAAAUAAUCCUGAAAUUGAAAUCGAUGAAGAGAGUGAUGAUAUGGAAGAUGAACAAUUACCGGAAGUAUUUAUUCCCAAAAUACCAAAUAAAGUGUUAAUGGCGAAUUAUACAAAUAGAGGAACGAUAUGUCUUUCAAUGGGAGGAUAUGAUGCUGGAUAUUUAUAUGAAUAUUCUGAUUUUGAAGAAAUAAAUUUAAAACCAACUAGAAGUAAAAUGAUUUUUGAAGCUGAUGAUAUUGAAAUUCGAAGCUACUUAUUCUAUAAAAAAAAUAAAUAUAUAUUUCUUGGAAUGGAACACGGUGAAAUUCGUGUUUGCCGAAUAAAUUCCAAUGAUGAUAUGGAUUUUUCGGAUUAUUGGAUAAUUUCAAUGCAUGACAAUUUUAAUGGUUACAUUCCAAAAAUAUUGUUAAGUUACAAUAAUAAUGUACUUAUAACAUGUGGACACGAUGGAAAUUUAUUUACUUUUGAAAUAAAUGACGAGAAUUCUAAUUAUGAACACAAAAUACCUGUUCCUGAGAAAGGAGAAAUUCUUCCAAUUUCCAACGUUAAUGACAUUGAAGAAAUUAAUUAUCCAACUUUAGAGAAUAUUGUCCGUCAAGUUGAAUUCGAUAAAAUUUCAAUGGCAGCGCAAGAGAAAAAGAAUUCUAUUUUGGCUCUAUUACAAAGUUAUACUCAAGAUUUUGCCAAAUUAAUGGAAAAAAAUCGUGAUCUAUUAAAAUCUCAACAAAUUUCACAAGAGGAUUUUGAAAUAGAUCCAAGAAUCACAAAAGAAUUAAACAAUCAAUUGGAAUUGGAAUUGAAUUUUGUGCAUAGAAAAAUGUCAUUCAAAGUGGAAAAAUCGAAAUUAAGACUAAAGAAAUUAAUGGAUCAUUUUGUCGAGCCUAUUACUUGCCUUCCAUUUUGUGUCCAUAGAAUCCUAAAACCAAGUACAAAAAUUUAUUCUUUUCGGGAACAUAAAUUGGAUGACAAUUUUUUUGUCACGUACACCAAAGUUUCGCGACUUCUCGCAGAAAAGGAAAAAAUCAAAAAAUCAUCAGAUCUACAAGUAAAUCAAUCGAUAAUUGAAGAAGAAGAAGAGGAAAAGGAAAUUAUACAUGGAAUAGAAAGUUUUCUCAAAGGAUUAAAUUCUUCUACAUUUGAAUAUAAAAUGGGAGUAGAAAUUAAUCAGAUAUUAAAAAAAUAUAGAAUGCGUAAAGCACGAAUAGAAGAAAGAAAUAGAGAAUGGAAAGAAAUUUACGACAGUAAACCAGAUCCAAAUGCAAAUUUUUCGAAUGAUAAUAAUACACUUGAAAAAGCAGAAAAAACAAUUGGCGAUUUUAAAUUAAAGAAUUCUUCUGAUUUACAAAAAAUGAAUCAAACUGUCGACAAUGUACUAAAUAAAUAUAAACAAUUAUUGGAUUGUCGAAAAAAAGUUCAUUAUCUUCGAGAAGAUUUUAAUAACAAAUUGAGAGGAAUAAGAGAAAAAAAAUUAGCAUUACAGAAAGAAUCACAGGAUUUAGUGAAUAAAUUAAAACAAAUUCAAAAUGAAAUUCCAGAAAAAAAUAGAAAAUCUUUACCUUCAGUAUUCACUAUCGAUUAUCACAUGGAAUUUCCAGAAAAACAACUCGAAAUUGAAAAAUACAAAGCAACAAUUAUAAAAGUAGAGGAAAUAAGAAAAAGCAAGAAACCAGUUUUUGUUAAUUUUAGUCAAAAGGAUAUUCAAAUAAAUGUAUCGUUCGACAUUUUUCGUAAUUUAACUGUUAAUGAGAAAAAUGAAUCAAUUUGGGAACGUGAAAUGAAACGUAGACGAAAUUCAAAACGAAUUCAAGAGCAAAAUUUCAUUCUCAAUGAAAUAGAAAAAAAAUAUCAACAUCUUGAUAAUGAAUUAGAUGAACUUGAGAAAAAUAGAGUUGAAAUAGCCAUGGAAAGUGAAUAUUUAAAUUUAUAUUUAUUAACAUUACAUCAGGAAUUAAUAAUUCUUCGAAAUUACGAGGCAACGGAAAAUUCUUUAACAGAAACAGUUAAUAAAAAAAUCAAAGAUUGUGCAAUAGUGAAAAAAAAGAUUCAAUCAAUAAUGGGACAAAUUGAAAAUAAAAACAAGGAAAUUGUAAAAUUACAAGAAAAAAUCAAAGAACUUUCGAUUCAAUACAGAGAUUUAAUAAAUGAAAAUAAAUUUCGCGAUUUUCUACUGAGGAUAUUUAAAAAAAAAUAUAAGCAGCCAAAAGGAAGUGACGAAUCUUCAUCAUCGUCAUCAAGUUCGGAAAGUACAUUAGAUGAAGAUGAUGAGAUUUCCAUUGACAGUCGAGAAAUUGGAAUAAUUCAUUAUGAUGAAAAUAUAUUGCCUUUUGGUUGUGACAAAGAACUUUAUGAUGCGGCAUUUGUAAUGCGAGAACAUAGAUAUAAUUCUGAAUUACAAAUAAGAAACGAACAGAAAAAAAUUGAAGGAUUACGAAAAGAUAAUGAAAUUGAAAAUAAAAAACUCAAAUUAAUGGAAUAUGAAUUGAAAAUCAGUCAAGAAAAUUUGGAAAUUUUCAUGCAAGAGAAACAUGAAAAAUUAAAUUACAUUGAUAUGACAGUGAUAUUAAAAUUUCAUCAAUUACAACAUUUUUUAUCAAAUUCUGAAGUCACUGCAAAAAUUAGUGAUUGCAUUUUAUUUGAUAGAAAAAAACUUUCCGAAUUGUAUGCAAGAGUUGGAGAAUUAUUACAAGAAACAAAUGAUGAAUUAAUUAAAUAUAAAAAAACUCGGACAUAUCUUUAUAGAAUAAAAAUGGAAUGUAAACAAAUGGAAUCAGAAAUAAUUAAAUUAAAAUCAAAUGUUAAAUGUGAAAAAAUUAAUAAAUUUGGACAAAAUAUUUCCAUAAAUAUUUUAUAUGAAGCCGUAUUGCGAAGUUUGAUUUAUGAUAUAAAAGCAAAUUUAAAUUCCAUUGUCAAAUCAUACGACGAGAAAAUAAAUUGUGUUAAAUCAAAUUACCAUGAUAAAAUGGAAAUUCUUAAAAAUUACUUACAAACCAAUACGGAGAAAUUAAAUUUUCUUGCCGUUUUAGAAGAAGAACAAUUGAAAUUACGAAAAUUGUUAAAAACUCCAUUAAUAGACGAGGAUUCUUUAACGGAAUUUAUGAAUGAUAUAAAAUUUUUAGAAAUAACUUUAGAUAAUCAAAAACAACGAACAGAAAUUUUACGCAAUGAAAUUCGAAAUUUUUAUUUAAAGAAAGAAUCUUUAACUCCUAUUGUUCAUAAAGGUAAAGUAAAAUUAAUAUGAAAAACUAAUUGUUUCAUAUUAUUUUUUUUUCAAACUUUAUUUUCGUCAUAGAAACCUAUAUGUACAAAAUUUUCUACUAUUACGCUAUAAAUUAAAAAAAAAAAUUAUUUUUACCCUUUUAAAAAUUUUGUAACUAUAAUUUUCUAUUGUAAAGAUUUUUUUUAAAUGAAAAUCGGUUUCAACAAAUUCUGACUAAAAUAUUAAUCCUAAAUAUAACAAGUCCUUAAAAUCUAAAUCUUCUCUCGUUCUAUGAUUAAAACUUAAAUCAGAUUUGGAGAAACCGGAUUUCUAUUUUAAAAUUUUAACCAAAAUUGAAGUCAAUCAAACAUGCAAUAAUUUUUUCAAUGAAUUAAUAUAGAUUAAAUAAACAUUAUAUAAUAAAUAGUAUUUCAAUAUUAAAAUUUAUGUUAAUCACGAAAUUGUUUUCGAAUUUUAGAAACUUGAAAAAUAUAAUUUUUCGUGCAAUAAAAAAAAAAAAAAAAAAAGGAAAAUAAAUGGAAUCUUGAGAAAUCA